UAUAUUAAAGUUAUAAUCUACCUCAAAUGAUUUAGAUAUGAAAGGCAGAUUUGUUUUGACAUUUUAAAAUGAUUUAAAAUAACCUUCUGAUGAUGGAUUGAUAUUGAAGGAAAAAAAUGAAAGCAAACAAAAAUCAAUCUUAAACCCUUACAAAAUCCUUAAUUUUCAAAUUUCCCCUCAAACGAUUUACAAAUUUUGCUGCCGCCGCCGGGUUCAUUGUCUUGCCAUCGGACAACAGUCACCAAUUCCUGCAGCUGUCGUUGCCGGUCUAUCAACCCAAUUCCUAGAGCUUUCGCUUUUCUUCAGGCGACGUGCACGAGCGGCGUAAUUCUAGUUCUCUCCGUCACGUUUCUCUUUCGGCGAAUGACGAAUCACCAGGUGACCAACGACGAUAUACGUCCAUUGGCGGAGUUAGCCAGAGACGUGAAAACUCACUUCAAAAGGCUUCGCCUAAACCUUCGCAGCAGCGUUUCUCUCCGUUUCGGCGAGUUUCGACAUUGACCCACACUCCGUUUGGUCUCAAAUCAGUUUGCCCAUAACGUUUAAGGUUCAAAUAUGCAAGCUUGGACGUUUUCGAACACCAAACAGCAAGGUUCGAGCCUUUCGGUAAGAUUUGAUUUAUGUGUAUUGCAGUCACAUGACCUUGCACUUAAGUAAUUGACUUCUAUUUUGGUCAUCUACGGUGGGCUAUUUCAACUAUGCAUCUAUCCUACUCUGACACUUUUGGUAUGAUUUCUGGGAGGUCUACUUAAACGGCUAUAGACUGUGCAGUGGCUAAAAGCAGUGGAUAUAUUUGCAACUUUUUGUAGUUUUUCUCCUCCUCUAGACCACAGAGGAAAAGCAAAUAACGACCCAUUUUCAUGAAUUGUUUGUUACUCGCUGUGAAUAAUCCCAUCAAGCUCAAUAUAUUAAAGCUCAAACUAGUCAAAUUCACCUCUACUGCAAUUGCUCAACUAAACCCAUGUUCUUUUUCACACAGUGAUGAUGAACGAAGUACCACCUCCUUCAACACAACUUUGCAUAUUCGAUGUAAACCGUCAAAGGUGGUCCAAAUUCUAGAAAGUCUCCGAAGGGAGCCCAACAUUGCCUUUUCCUUCUUUCGCGAAUUGGAGGAAUGGGGAUUUCAACAUAACAUUUCUACUUACGCAGCUCUAAUUAGGAUAUUGUGCUCUUGGGGUUUGGGGAGAAAGCUUGAAUCUCUGUUCUUGAAUCUCAUUGGCUCCAAGAAAAUGGAAUUUGAUGUCUUAGAUUUGCUUGACUCACUUAAUCAAGAGUGUGUGGUGGAUGGCUCAUUUAUUCGAGCAUAUGAUGCCUUAAUCAAGGCUUAUGUCAGUGUUAACUUGUUUGAUAGUGUUAUGGAUUUACUUCUCCGAUCAGAAAGGAAGGGAUUUGUUCCCCAUAUUUUUACUUAUAACUAUCUCUUGAACAGCCUUAUCGAGCAUGGGAAAACGAAUAUGGCUCUAGUUGUGUACAAGCAAUUGAAGAGGUUUGGUUGCCAACCUAAUGAUUACACUUAUGCUACUGUAAUAAAAGCACUUUGUAAAAUAGGUAACAUGGAAGAAGCUAUAGACAUUUUUGAGGAGAUGAGUGAAUCUGGGGUGGUUCCUAAUGCCUUUGCUUGUGCUGCAUAUAUUGAAGGGUUGUGUACCUACGAUUGUUCAACUUCAGGGUAUCAGUUGCUACAAGCAUGGAGAGCAGAACAAUUCCCAAUAGACGCAUAUGCUUACUCUGUAGUAAUUCGUGGAUUUUGUGAAGAGAUGAAACUAGAUGAGGCAGAAUAUGUCUUUCUUGAUAUGGAAAAGUAUGGAGUAGUUCCAGAUGCACAAACUUACGGCGUGUUGAUCAAUGGUUAUUGCAAGAAAUUGAAUUUGCAAAAAGCUUUGUCUCUUCACAGUCUCAUGUUGUCAAAAGGUCUAAAAUCAAAUUGUGUGAUCAUCAGCUCUAUCCUUCAAUGCUUGCUUAGGAUGCAAAUGUAUUCAGAGGUAGUGAACCAAUUUAAAGCAUUUCAGGAAAAGGGGGUAUUUUUGGACAAGGUUGUAUACAAUAUUGUUGUUCAUGCCCUAUGUGAACUAGGAAAAUUGGAAGAAGCUAUUGAGCUGUUAGAAGAUAUGACAAGUAGACAGAUCCAGAUGGAUGUUGUGCAUUAUACAACAAUGAUUAAAGGUUUUUUUCUUCAAGGAAAAAUUCAUGAAGCAAUGAUGAUGUUUGAAAAUUUGAAGAAAAAUGGUGUUGAGCCUGACACCAUCACUUAUAAUGUGCUUGCUGCUGGAUUAUGUAGAAACGGUCUUGUAUCUAACGUCCAAGGCCUUCUAGACUACAUGGAGGAACAUGAUUUGAGAAAAGACCCUAAAAUGCCUGACCUGGUAAUUGAAAAUUUAUGCAUAGGAGGCAAAGUGAAAGAAGCGACUGUAUUUUUCAAUAGUUUAGAAGUAAAGACAGUAGAUAACUAUUCUGCCAUGAUUAAUGGGUAUUGUGCAGCCAACCGUACGAAAUCUGCAUAUGAACUUUUUGUUAAUUUGUCCAAGAAAGGGGUUCUUAUUAAAAGAAGUUCUCUCGUUAGGCUAGUUAGCAGGCUUUGCAUGGAAGAUUCUAGCAUUAGAGCUAUUGAGGUGAUAAAACAACUUCCAAUUAUGAAUGUGGAGGCUAAUGAGAUUGUGUACAAUAAAGUCAUAGCUUCCCUAUGCCGGGCAAGAAAUAUGAAGAUGGCCCAAAGUUUAUUUGAUUGUUUAGUUUGUGCUGGCUUGACUCCGGAUCUCAUCACUUACACAGUGAUGAUAAAUGGCUAUUGCAAGAUUAAUUUCUUGAGAGAAGCUUAUGAACUUCUGUGUGAUAUGAAGAAUCGAGGGAGGGAACCUGAUAUUUUUAUCUAUACAGUUUUGCUUGAUGGUCGAUUUAAAACCAGAGUACGAGAGCUUUGCUCCUCCGUAGAAAUUGUUAAUGAAAUGAAGGACAUGAAGAUUACUCCAGACGUUGUUUACUACACUGUAUUGAUUGAUGGGUAUUGCAAAAUGAACAACCUUAAUGAUGCUUUUGUCCUCUUUGAGGAAAUGGUUGAUCAAGGAAUAGAGGCUGAUACAGUGACUUAUACUGCCCUACUGUCCGGCUGUUGUAGAAGUGGAGAUAUGGAGAAGGCUCAAACCCUAUGUUAUGAUAUGAUGUCUAAGGGAAUUCUCCCUCCUAAAAUUUUUUCACAUCUGUUGCACCACGAUACCCUAAAAACCAAGAAAAUGCAACUUUACAAGCACUUUACUGAAUAACAGUCUUGGAUUCUUCACAACUGAAAUCUACUUGAGCAAUAUGAAAGACCUCUACUUUGACCUAAGGAUGUAAUAGUAAAUUGCGUGGUCUUGCUGCAGGGCUUCGAAAUUCAAAUAUACAAUAUCAAGUUUCUGUGAAUGGAAGUCAGUCUCAUAUGUUGCAAAUAUGGUGUAAAUGCUAUCCAGAGCUUAUAUUGCAGUUCAGGAGAUGGUGUGUUAUUCCCGGGGUACCCUAAAAAACAAAAGGAACCAAAGAAGUGAAUGGUUAAGUCGCACGUCAUCUCUCUAAGAUGCACUUGGGAAAAGGGAGAACUGUGAAAAUGAAUUUGGGUCAUUCUAAGCUUCGUUGAAACUCUUCUGGAAGAUAAACCGAUGUACACGCAUGUUCGAGCAAGCUCAACUUUGAAUUGGAGAUUUCUUGCAACUUGGUUUGGUUCAUCACCUUUCCUUUUUGGUAUCAUGCAAACCUUUAUGGAGUUAUCUCAGAAAACCAAUUGGUUUGAAAUGAAACAUAUGGCUUUCAAAUUGAUUCUUAAAUGUCAUGUAUAGAUGGAGCUCAUAUUUGCUACCUAUCAGAAGAAUUCAAAGCAGUGGUCUAGAAGAAGCUAAUAUAUUGGUGCAGUUCUCAUGUUUUCACUUCGAUUCUUUCACAAAGCCUCAAAAGGAGAGACCUAAAGUGCUCCACGGUUACAGGAAAAGAAUAAUUAUCGUAGCGCUGUAUAUUUUUAGCUAUGAAUUAGCAUUAUACAAAUUAUUAUUAUUUUUAUUUUAAAAAUUCCCUAUUGUUGGCAAAAAGGUGCACAUGGGAUAGAUAUCUAUUUAUUUGGUUUGC